UCCAAUAUGGCGGUAAACGGUGUAUGAUAAGUGUAGAAUGUUUUGAAUCGAAAACUAGAAAUAAAAACCUCAAAAAACCGUCGAAUCGCGAUAAAUAUAUGCAAUGAAUGGUGUUAUCGCGGUUAUGUCGCGUUGACGAGACGCUCAAGUGUAAUGACCAACUUGAAUUUUGUGUGAAAUCCAAUGUUAUUUUUGUGAGAAUUUUGCUGUGUUAUAUAUUUCGCUAACUGAUGUGCUCUACGGUGAUAUGUGGUGGUAGAUUCCGCGAGAGAUAUGUCUACCAAUGAUAAAGCUACAAUCUCGGGAGUGAGUGAUAAAACUGGAGUUUCUGGGGGGACUGCUUGCAGCGAUGUGUCCGAGAAGAAAAUAAAUAGGAAAGUCAGUUUUCCAAACGAUGAGCACCUAGUCACACAAUACUUCGAGCCCUCUAACCCUUGGCAAGAUGUGCCGUCGACGACGCGUGCUCAGCUGGCCGCGGAAUACCUCGAGGCGUGUCGGUGCCACGGUACGCCGGCCAUCGAGUCGGUGCUGCAGCAGAUACGGGAGCUACCGGAGAAUACAAUCGGCGGUUGCACCCGGGCGCCCCGGCUCUGCCUGUCGGACUGCUCGCUGCUCGGCAGCGCGCCGACGGACGCCCUCGAGGCCUUGCUCCGGAAGGUGCAGUUCCGGAGAUUGGAGAUCGACCAUGCUGGCAUCGAUGACAACGGAGCGGAGGCGCUGUUUGACAUGGUGGAGUACUACGAGAGCACGAGCGUGCUGUGUCUUAUUGGACCGCGACAGUUCGGCAUCAGGGGAUGGCAGGCCGCUUCGAGGAUGAUCAAAAUGAGUGCAGAGCUAUCCGAGAUAGAGAUAUCCGAGAGUCCGCUGGAGGCGAGUCACGCGACCGUGCUAGCGAGAUCCAUACGGCCGGCCGGGUGUCGGUUGCGAUCCGUUUGCCUUCAGCGGGCUGCACUCGCGGGGGAAUCCCUGUUGUGUCUCGUGAUCGCGCUCAAGACUAACAGUUCGGUGCGGGAGUUGCGGCUCGGGGACAACAGUCUCGCGGCGUCGGACGCGUCGCAGAUAGCCUCAUUGCUGCGGUACAACACGCGAUUACAGCUACUCGACCUGUCCAACAACCAGAUUCAGGAUACAGGCGUGGGUGCUAUAGCGGAUGCGUUGGAAAAGCAAUUGGCGGACUCUCCCCCCUCACCGCACCAAUGCCCACUGGGUGGUUACGAGACGAGAGGACUGGCGUUUCUAGUACUAUGGAAUAAUCAGCUGACGAGGAACUGUGCGGGGCAUCUGGCAAAAAUUUUGAGGGCGUCCCAAACUCUAUGCGUGUUAAACGUAGGGCGAAACGCUCUAGGUUCAGACGCAGUGCGGGCGCUACAGACAGACAGAAUCGGAGGUGGCCCGCUAGUGUCUUUAGGCCUGCAAGCGGCCAGGCUUGGACCGGAGGCUGCGAGGGCCAUCGCAGAUCUUAUCCGCAACGAUUCUAAACUACAGAGAUUAGAUCUCCGUGACAACAAACUGGGUGCGGCGGGACUGCAAGCGAUACUGAACGCGUUGAAAGAGAACACUACGUUGACGCAGAUCGAUUUGGACGAUCCAGUUGAAACAACAACAUCGGUGGGCGUCCAGAGCUGCACAGAAACUGCGACUGUCGCGCGUCUUUUACGCGACAUCCGCGCUCUCUGCCGCCGCAACGAGCCGGCCGCGCCCGCACCUCCGGACAGACUGUUGAGGAAGAUCAGUCUUACCUGUCACACCGCUCCAGCUCCAAAGCAAAGUAUGCCCGUGGAGGAGGAGCGUAAGGUGCGACUACGUUCCCCUGCCCCCUCGCCCGCACCGUCACCCGCCGGCUCCCCCGUACCCGCGGCCGGAAGUGGCAGUUCGCGUUUCUCGGUAAUUCCGGUGACGACAGACUGUCCCUCUGCAUCAAGAUUUAAAGUUGUACAGGUGGCAGAUCCAGUGCAGCAUACACCAAGAAAAACACGAUUUUCCGUAACAAGAAACUACGACAAAAUGUACAACCCUACUUUGCCACCCACGACGCCAUCACCGUCACCCUCACCAUCGCCAUCAACAUCACCCGCCCCAGAAAUAAUCAUAGAAUAUAGCAAAGAUAACGAUAAGACGGACUAUAGUUCAAAUACCCAUUUAAACGAACCUAUGUUUGAUUAUUCAACAGAUAAGGAUAAUGCACACACAGUCAAAUCGGAAAAAGAUUCAAAUAAACCUAUAUUUGACAACACUAGAGAUAAAAAUAAAAAUAAUGCGACACAAGAAGAUGAAAUAAGUAUAGAUUUAAAUACGAAUAAAAAUAAUACAGAGAAAAGGCAAAAUGACGUAAAGCAGAGUGAUUUAAAUAAGAAUAAUACGAAACAAAAUGCAAUAAAAAAUAUUAUAGUUUCAACGAAAGACACUGAAAAUUGUAAACUUAAAACAAAGACUGAAAGUAAAAAUGAUAAUAUUGUUAUAGAACAAGAUAAAAGUGGAAAUUCUUGCGAUAGUAAUGUCACAAAAGUAGUUUCAAAUACAAUAACUAAAGAUUAUAUUGAUAUCAAACUAGAUACAGAUUCGAAACCGAAAUGUAUACAAGAUGAAAAAGCUAUAAAACUCGAUCCAGCUAAAAAACCAACAGGUUCAGUUGACACGAAACCAGAAUACGUUAUAAGUAAAACAGUUAUAAUCCCUAAAACGGAAAAUAGGACUGUUUUAACACAAACAGACGAAAUUAUGAGCGUGCCUGACUUCAUCAUUCAUGAUACUGGCAAAACAAGAGAUGAAAAAAUGACUAAUGUAAAAGAUAAAAAUGGCGGUGAUUGCAACAGUGGUAUAGAUAAAAGAAAUAUAGCAGUAGAUUUAAGAGAGGGUUUUAAAGUUGAGGCCGAGAGUAUAAUAGCAAAAGACUUGAAAGAGAGUUCUAAGUCUGUAAAUAUACCUGAAUCUGUGAUAAUAGAACCUGAAUUAAUAUCUAAUUUAGGUUCUGAAGUUUAUGAGAAGCCACAAGAGCUUGCAAGUUUAUUAGAUUCUAUUUCAAAAGAAAGUGAAUCAGACUAUGUUAAGAGUGACAUUGUUGAUAUAAAAGUGAGUGAAAGUGAUGUUAAAAAUAUUACUGUUAGUAAUUCGUUAAACAACGAAAAAUUAAAAGAUACAGAAGUUAUAGGUGAUUAUAGUGAAAAUUUAGAAUUAAUUAAUGUUAGUGAUACAAACAAAUUUAGUGAAAGUGUUGGAAGUGACACGUUUGGUGAUAAAAUCGAACAAAUGUCUCAUAAUGAGACCGUUGAUUACCGAGGUGACGAUAAAAUAGUUAAGACAGAGACAAAAUUAGUUAAAAGUAGCAUAGAAGUGAGCGAAACGGACAGAGUUGAAACAGACGUGACCGUAACUGUUAGGAGCGAGAAUAGUAUAAAAACCAAAGUACAUCGCGACCAAAAUGUAAAUAAAUUAGUUAAGGAAGAGAAACGGGAAGUAGCGAUCAAACAAAUUGAAGCCAUAACAGAAGAUUUAGGGAACUUAAUUCAGGAAAUGCAAGAUUUGUCCACAAAGGCUAUGAGUAAGACCGCUACGGAGGAUGUAAAUGUAGUUAUAGGUGUAAACAAAGUACCUGCAGUUCGAGAUAAUGUAGUUUUAAAGAAAAACAAAAGCGAAUCGAGUUUAGACAGUCCAGACCUAGAAGUGUCCAGACUGAUGAGGAAACCCAUUAGUGCCUUCUGUGAUAGCAGCUCUUCUUUAGAAAUUUCUGGAAGUUCCGUCGAAAGUCUCAACAUAGAGAGAGCAAGACCGAUCAUAAUACAUGAGGAGACUCGAUUGUCUAAAAACAGCAGCAUAGAAUCUACCAGUGAAGUGACUCCAGUGAAUUUAAACGUAUCAAUAAGUUCUAACGAAAGUGUUUCCCCUAUUAUAUUUGGGAACACUAAGAAAAUUCACGGUUCCUUAUCAAGUUUGGAAGCUAGUAUGAGCUCGGUAGAUUCAGCUAGGCAUGAAAAGGUUAUGGUGACAUCUGCGGAUUCUGGAAUAGAGUACUCUUUACAAAAUCCCUCAGAAAUCAGAGAAGAUAGCUCGUCAAACGAAGGCACACUCACCUGCAGCUCGAGUUUGAAGGAAUCAGUUAGAAAAGAGCCAAAUGAAUCACUAACAUCUCCGAAAAGAACGUCGAGUCUGUUAGAUGUACCUGCUUUAAAAUCUAAAGGGCUAGAGCGUAUGAGAAAAAUAUCUUGGGUGGCGCCGUCUGCCAGUUUUCAUUUACCGAGGCCUGAGGAGAAAAUAGAAUACAAACUUCCUACUAAUUUAGAGAAGUUGUUGAGUUUGUUUCAACAUCCGAGCAGUUUGUUUUCUAGAAAUAAUAGUGACGAUGAUAAGAAAUCGUCAUCUAGUACUCCUCCCAGAAAGGAUUCCUCGUUGACAAGCUCAUUCUGGUCCUGGGGCAGUGUAACGGAGAAAGCAGAUAAAGACGACGCGGACAGUCUAUCUGAAGCGACAGAUUCGACGCUUUCAGAAAGAGUUCAAGUGUCUUUCGUAGAUGAGUCGUUUUCCAAAAAACUCGAUAGCAAAACCCCAUCAACCGAUACGGAUAACACGCUAAGCGAGUUCCAAACUUUCCCCAACAGUGCGGAAAAUAAUCCGAACAGCGGGGAAGGUGCAACAGUUACCGAACUAACCACCGAUGAGAAAUUAGUACAAAAAUGUUUAGCUUUAAGCGAUAAUGACACAUGCCCGGAAGAACCGGGCCCGUGUGAUAAAAUAGAUCUCAAUACACCCAACGAUUUGAAUAGAAACGUAACGCAAGCGUCCGAAAAACCUGAGUACUGCGAUAAACUGGACACAGCUGCGUGCAGCGAAACCUUAGUUAAAUUAGAUGAUGAAAAAGUAGAUGUAAGACCGCGGACUUUUGCUUCCGUACUAACGUCUUCUUCCGAAAACUCCUUAGAAAAGCAAGCAAGCCCGGAAACCGUACAUCCUGUAGAGAAGCUUCCCAGCAAAGUAAUUCGAGGGAUUAAAGAAAAUAUCAGCCCCGAGAAUACGUUAACUUCAAGUAUAUGCACUGCAGCACUAGCAAUGGAUAUAAGUGAGAGGCAAAUGAAGAAUAAACCAAUAGUUAACGCAGUCUGGGAAGUUACCAUGCCGUGUUUAGAGAAAAGUGAGACUAAAACCGAAGAAGCGCCAAUUAAAACACAAAGUGAAUUUGCGCCGAUCAAGACGCAAAGUGACUUUGCGCCGAUCAAAACACAAAGCGACUUUGCGCCGGUCAAAACGCAAAGUGAAUUCGCGCCGAUCGCAACGAUAGAUGAAACUAGCGAUGUGGCUGCUGAUGAUCUAAUUCAAUUGGCAUAUAUAGAUGACCCAAAAGUGGAAGAAAGAGUCGUCGAUGUUGAAAACAUGACGAAAGCGAAAAGCGAAAAGCAUGGUGUCGAUAAAGUUGAUUUAGGAAAAGAUGCGUUGGCAUAUUUAAUGUAUGAAAAUCAAGAUUUCGAAACGGAAGGGGCACAUUCUGUCGCAGAAGCAAAAUCGCCGCAGGGAUCUCUCGCUCAGGAGCUAAGGGAUGCCGAAAUCAAAGAAAUGCUGGACCUAUCUCCCGAAUUAGUGAUUGACGAAGCUGUAGAAAUACCAGAGAUAUUCACAGUGGAAAUAAAAGGCCGUAAAAGUUCCCCGGUAAUACCAGAACGGGCUAAGUUAAAAAAGUCGAAUUCCCUAGAGGAUUUGACUAAGCGUCCGGCAAUAGAAGAGAAGGACAGUCCAAAAUUGAAAACGAUAGCUUUCAAAGUUCCAGAAAGUACAACUCCAAGGGAUAUACCAGAAAGAAGGGGAAAGUUAAGAUCCAGAAGUGGUUCUAGCCCGAAAUCAUUGCCCGAAAGUCUAAAUAAACCCUGUCCACUAACAAAAAUGGAUUCGGUUAUAAGUAAAAAGAAGAAAAAAGUUUCUUCCCUGGGAAAAACGGCGCGUGAUUCCCUGUUAAUGUUAAAUAUGAGCGAAGAGGAAAUUGCUGAGUUCAGGCGGCCGUAUAAACUUACUUCUGUCGAGAGCUUGAGAUCUCUGGAAUCCGUUUCUGAGGAUGCAAACUCUCAAAGUGGGACCUCUGUAGAUUCAAGAUGCAGAGCCUGUUUGAGGACGUCCCAAGAGAGUCUUAUGUCCUUGGAUUCGAUAACUGAAGAUUGCCGAUGUUUGGAGGAAUGCGAGAAGAGACAUUCGAAUAGAUAAAGACAGUCUACGGUUGGAAGUUUGCGAUUUAUCCUCGACAUUUUUGUCGCUGCGACAUUUGUGUCGCGAAUGUUGGAAUUAAGAAAUAUUGCUUGGACACACGGGUAUGGCUUGGGUUUUAAGCUCACUUAGACGUUUUUUCGAAAAGUGAAAUGUAAAUUUCUUUUUUUUUUUUUUUAGUAUUAUUACGCCGUCGCCAUGUUUGGCCGUAUAUUUAUUAACUGCAAUGUUGUAAUUUGUAAAAAAUAAAUAAAUAAAGUAAUAAUAAUAGUAAUAUUAAUAAUGUUAAUGAUAAUGUACAGAUAUUUUUUAAAAAUGCCAGUUCAGAAUUUUAUAAUUAUCGUUAAAAUUAAUAACGUAAGGUUUUUCGCGCGUCGCGCAGAUAUUUUCAUCUGCGUCAUUUUAUGAGUCAGUUAGCGGUGUCAGUAAGUCAGUCAGUCAGUUUGACUACCACAAAGGUGGUUCACAGUUGAAUCUUCAUCUAUGACAUUUCAUGAGUCAGUUAGUUCGCCUGACCUCUAAAAUCAGCGCCACAAAGGUGGUUCACUGUUCAAUCUCAUACAGGCCACGCUUCUAAGUCUAGAGAUACUGAGUGAUAUUAUUUACGGGAUUUACUCAUGUUUAUGAGUGGUCCACAAUAAAAAAAAAACGCGCGUUUUUUAUUCUCGCAAUUCAGUAACACUUGACUAAUAUUAACGCAGUUUCGAUUUAAAACGUGUUGUUAAACGGUUAUGAAUAUGCGGUUUGCUAUAAAUUUCAUGCGGAUUAAAUUCACGCGAUUUUUUUGUGCAUGAAGUUACUUAAAAACUGACAUAAAUUUUGAGAACAUUUAUGUCAGUAUUAUUUAUUUUAUACGCAGAAUAAAAAUAACAGAGACGUUUAUCGCAAUUCUCUAGCAAUCGAAAUCACUUGAAAAACUUGCUCUUAAAAUUUCGCGUGUUUUUAUAAUAAUUUUCCAAGUUCCCUAGGUCAUUACUUUACCAUUUUAGACCGAAAUAUAAAUCGCGCGAAUAAACAAAUUCGUUUUUGUUGGGAGAGGGAGGAGAGUUGUUUAAUAGGCUCAAAAUUUACCUCUGGCUCAGUGGCGUGCAUCGAGGGUAUGC